UAAUUGUAUAUGGAUGAUAUUUCAAUUUCUCUUUUGUCCUUGGAUAAAGGGGUAUCUUGUAAUCUUCUGAAGGGCUCAAAAGAUGUGCUUGUGAAACAACUUGAUUAAAUUAUCUUCACUGCCAGAGAUCAAAAAAUUGCUGUAAUCUGGUAAAACGAAUUCAAGUUCCUCGUUUUUCCUGCAAACCUUUCACUAGAUAUCUAGAGCCGAGUAACCCUACUGGCUUAGGAUAACUUGAAAAGUGACUGUCGCAACGAAAAAACACGAAAAUGACACAAGGCGCGAUUACUUUUGGCCCACUUUUAUUUUCCUUUCUAAAAAAUAAAUAAAUAAAUAAAUGCCGGAACCCUUUAAAAAAGAAGAAUGGAGUCAGAUCUCGACGAAAUUAUCACAGCAAUUAGGACCCGAAUUUUUAGCUCAACGACCAGGACCUUCAGGGAAACCUUUAACUUACAUCGAAGGAAAAACAGCCAUUAAUAUUGCCAACGACAUUUUCGGUUUCAAUGGUUGGAGCACCGAACUUAAAGAUACAACUAUUGAUUUUGUGGACGUUGGAUCAGACAGUAGGGUUAGUGUUGGCAUCAGUGUUACUGUUCGAAUCACCUUAAAGGACGGUAGCUUUCACGAGGACAUAGGAUAUGGAGUCGACCAGAAUGCAAAGUCCAAGGGUGUAGCAUUUGAAAAAGCAAGAAAGCAAGCAGUAACAGAUGCUACGAAACGAACACUGCGAUACUUUGGCAAUGCCUUAGGAAAUUGCUUAUAUGACAACCCAUAUUUGAGUGGCAUUGGCAAAAUGGCAAAACCUUCGAUAAAAUUCUCACCUAAAAACCUUUACCGUCAUAAUCAAUUCCAAGCGCCCAAGAUAGAACCAGCACCAGCAGCACCAGCAGCACAAAUAUGCAAUACAACCCAAUCAAACACCAUUUUACCCAAAUCAAUCCCAGCCAGACAGCCACAAACGGUUGCCAAACCUACCAUCUCGACAUCCACAGCUAAUUCAAUGUCUAAAGUUACCCCAAUAGCAAAAUCUAAUUCGGUGUCAUCAAAAACCAACCAUACUAUACAAGACAUGAAAGAGGAGCCUUUGAGCGUUCAUGCGUCAGAUGAGGAUAAACCCAAUGUUCUAUACGGACCAAUUGUACCUGAAGACAGCUUUACGUAUGAGGGAGACGAGGCAUUUUUAGUAGAAAUGUUGGCAAAAGAUGACGACGCUAUGUUUGCGGACGAUGGAGAUGAUAUGUUAGCUGGGAUUAUCACCCCACCCCCACAAACUGUAUCUCAUUCGUCAGCACCCGAUCCCCAAGUUGGUGAACGCAGAGAGGCGCCCUUAUCAGAUCGCGAUGAACAUAUCAGUAAGAAACCUUGCACACAUGGAAUAUAGAUCAGAUUAGUUAUCCAUUGAAGGAAAUAUCAAACAUAAAUGAACUGCUAUAAUAAAGACAACACUCUUCCCGUACGUUAAGGAGUGAACGAGGAGUGUGUUUCAUGGACAUUGUUAUUACAGCGGAGUUUAUCGGAAGAUUCUCCUUAUAUAAAAUCAACUUUUAUCGC